AUGACGACUCUUGCCACAGCGUCUAUCUUCUCCAAACUCACGUGGUCAUGGGUCUCCCCGCUCCUCGCCCUUGGUAGCCAGCGGGCGCUGACGCUCGACGACAUGCCCGACCUCGACGAGGCCGACACCACCGAGCGAUUGUCGGCUGAUCUGGCCGAGGCAUGGGAGAGGCAUCGCACGUCGGGUGGCAACUGGCGGCUGGCUCGGGCUCUGGCCGAAGCCUUUGGACCUUACUAUCUCAAAGUCUCGUCUGCUGUGGCUGCAGAGUCGGCUGUUCGCCUCGUCCAGGUCAUCUGUCUCACCGGCCUUGUCGAGUUUGUGGCCUCCGAAUCGGCGAAGUCGGACUCGGUCUCCUCGCCUGUCGGCUGGCUCUGGGCUCUGGGCCUCUCGCUCUCAGUCAUUGCUCAUGGCGUUCUCCAUCACGUCUACUUUUUCGGUGCAAACCGAUGCGGGACCUGGUUCCGCACCUCGAUCGCGUCGCUGAUGUACGCCAAGGCGCUUCGCGUCCCGCAGUCGGCGCUUGCCGGCACCUCGACCGGCCGUAUCGUCAACAUCAUUUCGUCCGAUGCUGCCCGGCUGGAGCUCUUUGCCACCUACGCCAUCUUUCUUGUUCUCGCCCCACUUGAGUGCAUCGUCGCGCUCAUCCUCAUGUGGCGCGCCAUCGGCCCGGCCUGCCUCGUCGGCUUUGCCACCCUCACCCUCCUCCUCCCGCUGCAGUGGUACUUUUCGCGCCGCAUCGGCGCUCGCCGCUCCAUCACCGCCAGCUUUACCGACGCUCGCCUCAAGCUCCUCACCGACGUGCUCAAGGGCAUGCGCGUCAUGAAGAUGUACGCGUGGGAGGACUCGUUCGCCGGCCUCAUCCGCUCCGAGCGCGCUCAGGAAAUCCACUCGCACCGCGUCAUGGGCCGGUUCAUGGCCACCAACCUCGCGUCGUUCACUGUAUUUGCCGUUCUCACCAUGCUCACCACCAUGACCACCCUCUACUUUCAGGGUCGCACCCUCACCCCGGCCUCCGUCUUCACCACGCUCGCUCUCUUCAACAUGGUCCGCCUCUCUUUCACCCUCUUUAUCCCCUUUGCCGCUAUGACCGGCGCAGAGUCGCGCGUCACCCUCCGCCGCGUCGAAGCCUUUCUUGACCUGCCCGAGUUUGCCGUGCCGCACCUGCUGUCGUCGUCUCCGGCGACCACCGGCGACCUCUCGCCGUCCGCCCCGUACCUCGCUCUCUCGCCGACCGCGGCCUUUUCCUGGCACCCGGCCACGGCAGCUGGUUCCGCUGAUACCUCGGACGGCCUGCCCUCGGCCUCGCGUCGGUUUCAGCUCUCACACAUUCCGCUCACGCUUGUGCCCGACACCCUCACCGUCGUCAUCGGCUCGGUCGGCGCCGGAAAGUCGUCGCUCCUCGCUGCGCUCCUCGGCGAGAUGGCGCCGCUCCCGGCCGCACCGCGGCUUCCAGCCUGGACGGCUGGCCUCCGCCUCGGCUAUGUUGCCCAGGAAGCGUUCAUUCUCUCCGCCACCAUCCGUGACAACAUCACCUUUGGCACACCCUACGACGACGCUUGGUACGCCACCGUUGUCGAAGCCGCAGCCCUCGUCCCAGACUUUGCGCUCUGGCCCGCUGGCGACCUCACCUUUAUCGGCGAGCGCGGCGUCAAUCUCUCCGGCGGGCAAAAGGCCCGCGUCUCGCUCGCUCGUGCCCUCUACGCCGCGCCCGACGUCUACCUCCUCGACGAUCCGCUGUCGGCAGUCGAUCCCAAGGUCGGCGCCCACCUCUUCCGCCGUGCCAUCCUCGGACUCGCUUUGGCGCCACCGCCGCACUGCCCGCGUCCGCUCUCUUCCCGCGCCCGUCGCCCAGCCAUCCUCCUCGUCACCCAUCAGCUCCACUACGCCGCCGACGCCGAUAACGUCGUCCUCAUGGUCGACGGCUCCAUUGCCGCCCAGGGCUCGAUGGACGCGCUGAUGGCUUCGCGCCAUGGCUCGCAGGUUGAACUCCUUGCCAACCACGUGAGCGCUGGCUUGGCUCGCGGAACGUCGGCCACGCUCUCGUCCGAGCUUGGACCGCCGCAGCCGAGUCAGGCCUACGUCAAGACCGCCGACGACAAGGCCGAGUCACUGGUCGCCGAGGAGCGGUCGGUCGGCUCCGUCUCCGCCGCCACCUACGGAAAGUACCUCUCGUCGAUGGGCUCCGCCCCAGAGUCGGCUGGCGUCGUGGCCCUCUGCCUCAUUGCCGAGGCCGCACUCGUUCUCCCCAACUACUGGCUCGUCGAGUGGUCUGAGGCGUCGGCAUCAGACCAGCGUGCUCCUUCGUGGCUCUAUGUCUACGCUCUCGUCGCCAUCGCCGCCAUGGUCCUCUCGUUCUCUCGCGCACAGAUCUCGUGGGCCGCCAUGCUUACCGCCGCCGCCAAGCUCCACUCGGACAUGCUCGACGCCGUCAUGCGCUCACCCAUGGCGUUCUUCGACGCUAACCCGGUUGGCCGCAUCCUCAAUCGCUUCUCCGACGACCAGGGCGCCGUUGACUCGGUCCUCCCCUGGACUCUCUUCGACUUUAUCCAGGUCUCGCUCAUGUCCACCGCCGUCCUCAUCAUCACUGCAAUCGUCGUUCCCUGGAUUCUCAUCCCGCUCCUCCCACUCGUCGCCUACUACGCCUACGUCCGCUCGCGCUACGUCAAGUCUUCCCGCGAGCUCAAGCGCCUCGACGCUGUCUCGAAAUCACCAGUCUUUGCCCACUUUGCCUCGUCGCUGGACGGUCUCACCACCAUCCGCGUCUUUGACGCCCAGCCCGUCUUUGCCGCCGGCUUCACCGGCAAGCUCAACGCCAACACCUCGACGUAUCUCAUGUUUCUCGCCACCUCGCGAUGGCUCGGCUUUCGGCUCGACAUGAUGUCCGGGGUUUUUGUCACUCUCCUCGCUGUCCUCGUCGUCGUCACCGCUUCGUCCAUCUCGCCAGGCUUCCUCGCCCUCGCCCUCGUCUACGCUCUUCAGCUCUCGGGCGCCUUUCAGUGGGCUGUGCGCCAGUCGUCGGUCGUCGAGAAUCUCAUGACUUCGGUCGAGCGUGAGCUCGCUUACGCCCGCCUCCCGCCCGAAGCCGAUCGCGAGACUCCUCCCACCCUCCGCCACACUCUGCCCAAGCCGUGGCCAUCAGCCGGUGCCAUUGCCUUCCGCGACCUCACGCUCCGCUACACACCGAACGCACCGCCGGUCCUCAACGGCCUCACAGCCUCCAUCCCGCCGGGAAAGCUCGUCGGCAUCGUCGGCCGUACGGGCGCCGGCAAGUCUUCGCUCCUCGCCGCCCUUUUCCGCCUCGCCGAGCCAUCUCCCCGCACUUCCAUCACCAUCGACGGCGUUGUUACCGCAGACCUUGGUCUUGCACACCUUCGCGCAGCACUCGCCGUCGUCCCACAAGAUCCUGUUCUAUUUGCCGGCACUCUUCGCUCCAACAUUGAUCCGUUUGGCGCCUACCCUGACGCAGACCUCUGGCGUGUCCUCGAGCAGGUCCAGCUCAAGCAUGUUGUCGAGCGCAUGGUCGUCGACGAGCCGGCUGCCGCCUCGGGCCUCGACGUCACCAUCGCCGAGGCCGGCGCCAAUCUCUCCGUCGGCCAGCGCCAGCUCGUCUGCCUCGCCCGCGCUCUCCUCAAAAACGCCCGCAUCCUGGUUCUCGACGAGGCCUCGGCCAACAUCGAUCUCGAGUCUGACGCUAUCCUCCAGUCCUCGCUCCGCGCCUCGCUCCGCACUCGCUCCACCACCGUUCUUGCUGUCGCCCAUCGCCUCAACACCAUCGUCGACUACGACCUCAUCAUGGUACUCGCCGACGGCCGCGUCGUGGAGUUUGACUCACCCGCCGCCCUGGUCGCAAACCCAGACUCUGUCUUUUCGUCCAUGGUCGACGAUACCGGCAAGCGCUCGGCCGAACGCCUCCGCGCCGCCAUUUUUGCAUCUGCCCCCGCUCCUUCCUCAUCGACCACCUCCAAACCACUGGCCACCUUUGAUCUCGCUCGCUCGGCAGAGUCCAGCUACACCUAUGACGCCUACCCCGAUCCCGAAUCCUCGGGCUCGGACUCGACCUCGGCCUCGGGAUCAGACUCGGGAGCCACAUCGGACUCGCACCCCCACCCAAGGUCUGCCCAAAGCCUUGUCCCGACCUCUACCCUUGCCCUCUUCCCGUGA